GACGAGGGAAGGGGUGGGGUCUCCACCAUCACUGCCGGUGUACAGGAGCGAGGAGCGGGAGUAUAUACCGUCAGGAGGGAACGUGGAGGCUUCUGGACAUUGUAUAUACCGGCCCGGGCCCCCUCUCCUGCGCCUCAAGCAGCCGCUCCGACGUUCCUUGGAUAUUAACUUCUGCUACGCGGCACCGUUAUCAAAAUGGCUUCUGGAAUGGGACCCCCCUCCCCAGGUAGUGACGGCGAAAUCGAGGUCAUGCUGAACAGUCACCAUCAAGAUGAUGAUGACUUGGAUGAAGAUCUCUCCGAGGUGGAAACUCCUAAAGUAAAAAAGAAAAAGAAGCCUAAAAAGCCACGGGAAUCCAAGACUCCCAAAGGGAAGAGGCAGAAGAAGGAGGACCUGGAUGAUAGCUCCGGGGAAGGCAAUGAUUUUGGAGAGGAUGAUGGAGGCCUUGUUCGAUCUGACAGUGAAGGCAGUGAUUACACUCCCGGGAAGAAGAAGAAGAAAAAGCUGGCACAAAAGAAGGAAAAGAAAUCCAAGGCAAAGCGUGAAGAGGAAGACGAUGAUGACGAUGAUUCUAAGGAACCAAAGUCUUCAGCGCAGCUCCUGGAGGACUGGGGAAUGGAGGACAUUGAUCACGUGUUCACAGAGGAUGAUUAUAGAACACUGACCAAUUAUAAAGCCUUCAGUCAAUUCGUCAGGCCACUUAUAGCUGCCAAGAACCCUAAAAUUGCCGUGUCCAAGAUGAUGAUGGUUCUUGGAGCUAAGUGGAGAGAGUUCAGCACCAACAAUCCAUUGAAGGGCAGCUCUGGCGCAUCCGUUGCUGCUGCUGCCGCAGCUGCCGUGGCUGUGGUUGAAAGCAUGGUUGCUUCUGCAGAGACCAAUCCUCCUCCUCCUCCUCUUCCACCUCCACCACCACCACCAGCUGAGGUUCCCCUGCGCAAAGCAAAAACCAAGGAAGGAAAAGGACCCAAUGCCAGAAAGAAACCAAAGAUCGUCCGUCCACCAGAAAAUAAGAAAACCAAAGCCAAGAAAGUGGCCCCUCUGAAGAUCAAGCUGGGGGGUUUUGGUUCAAAACGCAAGCGCUCUUCUAGUGAGGAGGAGGACCUUGAUGUGGACUCGGACUAUGACGAAGGCAGCAUGAACAGCCUGUCUGUAUCCGACGGAUCAACCAGCAAGAGCAGCCGAAGCCGUAAGAAACUCCGAGCCAACAAGAAGAAAAAGAAGGAUGAGGAGACAGUAGGUGCUGUCGAUGGUUAUGAGACAGACCACCAGGACUACUGUGAGGUUUGCCAGCAAGGAGGAGAGAUCAUCCUAUGUGACACAUGCCCACGAGCUUAUCACAUGGUUUGCUUGGACCCAGACAUGGACAAAGCACCUGAGGGCAAAUGGAGUUGUCCUCACUGCGAAAAGGAAGGCGUACAAUGGGAAGCUAAAGAGGACAACUCGGAGAUUGAUGAUGAUUUGGAUGAGACUGUAGGUGACCCAGAGGAAGAAGAUCACCACAUGGAAUUUUGUCGUGUUUGUAAGGAUGGCGGAGAGCUGCUGUGUUGCGAUGCCUGUCCUUCUUCCUACCAUAUUCACUGUCUGAACCCACCGCUUCCAGAAAUACCCAACGGAGAGUGGUUGUGUCCUAGAUGUACAUGUCUCCCGCUUAAAGGUAAAAUCCAAAAAAUAUUGACAUGGAAAUGGGGACAGCCACCUUCUCCUACAUCAGUGCUGAAACCAGCCAACACAAAUCAUGGUGCUCUUCCACCAAAACCUUUGGAAGGGCGUCCAGAGCGCGAGUUUUUCGUCAAGUGGCACGGAAUGUCUUAUCUGCACUGUUCUUGGGUGACAGAGCUGCAGCUGGAAUUGCACUGCCAGGUGAUGUUCAGGAACUACCAGAGAAAGAACGACAUGGAUGAACCUCCCCCUAUUGAUUAUUUGCUAGAUGAUGAGGAAAAAAGACGCAAGAGGAAAAACAAAGAUCCAAAAUACUUAGAAAUGGAGGAGAAAUUUUAUCGCUAUGGUAUCAAACCAGAAUGGAUGAUGAUUCACAGAGUCCUAAAUCACAGUGUGGACAAGAAGGGAAAUGUCCAUUACUUGAUCAAGUGGAGGGACCUUGCUUAUGACCAGGCAUCCUGGGAAAUGGAAGAUGCAGAUGUUCAGGAUUUUGACACAUACAAACAAGGCUACUGGAACCACAGAGAGCUUAUGUGUGGAGAUGACGGCCGCCCUGGAAAGAAGGUGAAGAAAUUCAAAGCAAAAAGACUAGAGAGACCUCCAGACACUCCAACAGUCGAUCCUACAGUGAAGUAUGAUCGUCAGCAAGAGUACUUGGAUUGUACAGGAGGUACCCUUCACCCUUACCAGUUGGAGGGUUUGAAUUGGCUGCGUUUCUCAUGGGCACAAGGCACAGACACCAUCCUUGCAGAUGAAAUGGGUCUGGGAAAGACUGUACAGACAGCAGUCUUCUUGUACUCUCUCUAUAAGGAGGGUCACUCAAAAGGUCCCUUUUUGGUCAGUGCUCCUCUUUCCACUAUCAUUAACUGGGAACGAGAGUUUGAAAUGUGGGCACCCGAUAUGUACGUAGUCACAUACAUUGGAGACAAGGACAGCCGAGCCGUUAUUCGAGAAAAUGAGUUCUCGUUUGAGGACAAUGCUAUACGGGGUGGCAAGAAAGCAUCACGCAUGAAGAAAGAAGCAUCUGUAAAGUUCCAUGUUUUGCUUACUUCAUAUGAGCUGAUCACCAUUGAUAUGGCUGUCCUGGGCUCCAUAGAUUGGGCCUGUUUGGUAGUAGAUGAAGCUCAUCGUCUGAAAAAUAACCAAUCCAAGUUCUUCAGGGUUCUUAAUGGAUACAGUCUUCAGCACAAGUUGCUACUUACGGGAACCCCAUUGCAGAACAACCUUGAAGAAUUGUUCCAUUUACUGAACUUCUUAACGCCCGAGCGGUUUAAUAACCUGGAAGGUUUCCUGGAAGAAUUUGCAGAUAUCGCAAAGGAAGAUCAAAUCAAGAAGCUUCAUGACAUGUUGGGACCUCACAUGUUGAGAAGAUUAAAGGCUGAUGUCUUCAAGAACAUGCCUUCUAAGACGGAGCUCAUUGUUCGUGUUGAACUCAGCCCCAUGCAGAAAAAAUAUUAUAAGUUCAUCCUCACUAGAAAUUUUGAGGCUCUUAAUACUCGAGGAGGAGGUAACCAAGUAUCUCUACUCAACGUUGUGAUGGACCUCAAAAAGUGCUGCAACCAUCCUUACCUCUUCCCUGUGGCUGCUAUGGAGGCUCCCAAGAUGCCCAAUGGAAUGUAUGACGGCAGUGCCCUCAUUAAGGGGGCUGGAAAGUUGUUUCUUCUGCAGAAGAUGUUGAGAAAACUGAAGGAUGAUGGGCACAGAGUACUCAUUUUCUCCCAGAUGACCAAGAUGUUGGAUUUGCUGGAAGACUUCAUGGAACAUGAGGGCUAUAAGUAUGAGAGAAUAGAUGGAGGCAUCACUGGAAACAUGCGUCAAGAAGCCAUUGAUCGUUUUAACGCGCCGGGUGCUCAACAGUUCUGUUUCCUUCUGUCAACUCGAGCUGGAGGUUUGGGAAUUAAUCUUGCUACAGCUGACACUGUGGUCAUCUAUGACUCCGACUGGAAUCCUCAUAAUGAUAUUCAGGCUUUUAGCAGAGCCCAUCGUAUUGGACAGAAUAAGAAGGUCAUGAUUUACCGAUUUGUAACUAGAGCAUCUGUGGAGGAAAGGAUUACUCAGGUCGCGAAGAAGAAGAUGAUGCUCACUCACUUGGUCGUAAGACCAGGUCUUGGCUCCAAGACUGGUUCAAUGUCAAAGCAGGAACUGGAUGACAUCCUGAAGUUUGGUACCGAAGAACUUUUUAAAGAUGAAGCAACAGAAGGAGGUGAAAACAAGGAAGGCGAGGACAUGAGCGUCAUUCACUACGAUGACAAAGCCAUAGCCCGAUUGUUGGAUAGGAACCAAGAUGAGAUUGAAGAAGACACGGAGAUACAGGGAAUGAAUGAAUAUCUGAGCUCCUUCAAAGUGGCACAGUAUGUGGUCCGCGACGAAGAAAUGGCUGAUGAAGAGGAAGUUGUCCGUGAAAUUAUCAAACAGGAGGAGAGCGUGGAUCCAGAUUACUGGGAGAAACUUCUCAGACACCAUUAUGAGCAACAGCAGGAAGACCUGGCUCGUAAUCUGGGUAAAGGAAAGCGAAUCCGUAAACAGGUGAACUACAAUGACGGCAGCCAAGAGGACAGAGAUUGGCAGGAUGAUCAGUCCGAUAACCAGUCUGAUUACUCUGUGGCUUCUGAAGAAGGAGAUGAAGACUUUGAUGAACGAUCAGAAGCAGCCCGUCGACCCAACAGGAAAGGCUUGAGGAAUGAUAAAGAUAAACCUUUACCGCCUCUGCUGGCUCGUGUGGGAGGCAACAUUGAGGUGUUGGGUUUCAAUGCCCGUCAACGAAAGGCUUUCCUCAAUGCCAUUAUGCGUUACGGCAUGCCACCACAGGACGCAUUCACCACCCAAUGGCUUGUCAGAGAUCUACGUGGAAAAUCUGAGAAGGAAUUUAAAGCGUACGUGUCAUUGUUUAUGCGUCAUCUCUGUGAACCGGGUGCAGAUGGAGCAGAGACCUUUGCAGAUGGCGUUCCGAGGGAAGGUCUCUCUCGCCAGCAUGUGCUAACAAGAAUUGGAGUUAUGUCUCUCAUUCGCAAGAAGGUUCAAGAGUUUGAGCAUGUCAAUGGGCGCUGGAGUAUGCCAGAGCUUGCUGAGCAAGAAGAGAACAAGAAGAUCUCUCCAGUCGACUCUCCGUCUCCUAAAACUCCCACCCCAUCCACGCCAGGGGACACGCAGCCUAAUACGCCCGCCCCAGCUGUAACAAAUGAGGAGGGUGUCAAAACUGAGGAGGCGGGUGUGAAAGAGGAAAACGCACAACCAGAAUCAAAACCACCCGAGGAAAAUAAUAAGAGCGCACAACCAGCAGCAGAAACUCCAGCUCAGACAGAGACGACUCAGACAGAGGUGAAGGCAGAGGAGCCUGAAAACAAAGAGAAGCCUCCUGCUGCGGAGCCCAUGGAGACGGAGGCAAAACCAGAACCAGAGAAAGCCAAUGAUGAUGUUAUUGCUGUGGAUGAUAAGAAAGAUGAUGUCCAGCCUGUAACAUUACACAAUGGAGAGACCCCCAAAGAGUCCACAGAGGAGAUAAAGAAAAAGGCUGCAGCCACCAAGCAGAGGUUCAUGUUUAACAUUGCAGAUGGAGGCUUCACAGAACUACACUCAUUAUGGCAGAACGAAGAGCGAGCAGCAACCGUUACCAAGAAGACUUACGAGAUCUGGCACCGGAGACACGACUAUUGGCUGCUGUCUGGCAUUAUAAACCAUGGCUAUGCACGCUGGCAGGACAUUCAGAAUGAUGUGCGGUAUGCCAUCCUCAACGAACCAUUCAAAGGAGAAGUGAACAGAGGCAACUUCCUGGAGAUCAAAAACAAGUUUCUGGCCCGACGGUUCAAACUUCUAGAACAGGCACUUGUCAUAGAAGAGCAGCUGAGACGAGCUGCUUAUCUGAACAUGUCUGAAGAUCCCUCACACCCGUCCAUGGCUCUGAAUACUCGAUUUGCAGAGGUGGAGUGUUUGGCCGAAAGUCACCAGCACUUAUCUAAAGAGUCGAUGGCAGGGAACAAGCCAGCCAAUGCUGUUUUACAUAAAGUACUUAAACAGUUGGAAGAACUAUUGAGUGAUAUGAAAGCAGAUGUCACCCGACUUCCAGCCACCAUCGCUCGAAUUCCUCCUGUGGCUGUUAGGUUACAGAUGUCAGAACGCAACAUCUUGAGCCGAUUGGCAAGCAGGAGCGGUGAACCUCAACCCCAGCAGCAGAUGGCUCAGCAAUAACAAUCCCCCUCCUCUGGUCAGGAGGAAAAGGCGUCCACCCACCCCAUACAUUCCCAACUGAGAGCAGAUAAGCCGGGAAAGAGCACCGGACCUGUUCACCAAAUCGACAUCCAGGGAGAAGACUCAGCAGAGCUGAACCCCACCCCAGGAACUAUUAUUUAGGGGGGGUCACAGGAAUCCUGAUCCUGCAAGGCGUCACUGUGACCGCACUAGCCUGAAGGAAGAUCAAAUGGUGCUGCUGCUUCAAAAAAAUGGGGUCCACCCCUUCAUCCAGGGGUUCAGGGUUGCACCAAAGGCCAGAAACUCGCCCUGUGCACAGGAGCAAAUGGCAUCCUGGCUUGAGAAGGAAAUACUUUUGUUUUUGUUUUGUCUUUAAUUUUAUUUGCUCCAAUCCCCUCAUGCUGCCCGAGGAGGGCAGGAGGGGUGUCACCCAGGACAGACACCCUACCUCCAUCCUUUUUAAUACAGAACGCGUUGUCGUAUAAUAAAACACAAAACACUA